UAUUUUUUUCUCUCUUUCUCAAUCAUUCUCUAUAUGCUCCUUUUUUUAACCCUCUUUCUUCUGGGGUCACAACCAAUCAUCGCCACGCUAUUGCUCUGUUUCUCUCCCUUUCUCUAAAAGAUUCCCCAUUUUCUUCUCUCUUCACAUUCACACACUCUUCUCUUCUUUUCUUCACUCUUUUCCUCAUAACAACAACACUUUUUCUCCGUUUCUUCUUCUUUACCCAUUUCGUUUUUCCUAUCAAGGCUCCAACUUAACCCCUCUUUAGGGUUUCUAACCCCUUUCAAGUGUGGCAGAGAGGUGAUGCAAUGAAGCAGUCUUUUAAUCCUUCAUUUUUUGGUCCUUCAAAGAUUCCACCUACUAAUGCACCUGGAAAAUUAGAACAUGGUUCGUUAGAAGUUUUAUCUGGAUCUGAUGCAUACCAUGCUUCUUCUGAUGCCAGUCUCUUUUCUAGCUCAUUACCUGUACUUCCACAUGAGAAAUUGAACUUAAAUGAAACUGAAAAUGGUUUUCAAUCUGUUGAUGACAUCUCAACUGACUUUAAAAAGCUUCAUCAAGAGGUAGAGCUCAAUGGUUCCCUUGAGGAUGGUAAUAAUCAUGCAAUUGGAACCAUGCUUCCUGGUGACGAUGAUGAGCUUUUGGCCGGCAUAUUGGAUGACUUUGACCUAAGUGGUUUACCCGGUUCUCUUGAGGACUUGGAAGAUUAUGAUAUUUUUGGUAGUGGUGGAGGUUUGGAACUUGAAACUGAUACACAGGAAAGUCUAAGUGUGGGAGUAUCUAAGUUAAGCUUCUCUGAUAGCUCUUCUGGCAAUGGUUUUCCCCCUUAUUCUCUUCCUAAUGGGGUCGGAAGCGGAGCUGUUGCUGGAGAACAUCCAUAUGGAGAGCAUCCUUCUCGAACAUUGUUUGUUCGAAAUAUUAACAGUAAUGUGGAGGAUAAUGAGCUGCGAACUCUUUUUGAGCAAUAUGGUGAUAUUAGAACCCUAUAUACUGCAUGUAAACACAGGGGAUUUGUGAUGAUAUCGUAUUAUGACAUCCGUGCUGCUCGAACAGCUAUGCGUGCAUUACAAAACAAACCUUUGCGGCGUAGGAAACUUGACAUUCACUUUUCAAUACCCAAGGAUAAUCCAUCGGACAAAGAUAUCAAUCAAGGAACCUUGGUAGUUUUCAAUUUGGAUCCAUCGGUUUCAAAUGAAGACCUCCGCCAAAUAUUUGGGGCUUACGGAGAGGUCAAAGAGAUAAGGGAAACUCCUCAUAAGAGGCAUCAUAAGUUUAUUGAAUUUUAUGAUGUCAGAGCUGCGGAAGCAGCACUUAAAUUAUUAAAUAGGAGUGAUAUAGCUGGUAAACGCAUAAAGCUUGAACCAAGUCGGCCUGGAGGAGCUCGUCGCAAUUUGAUGCUCCAACUUAAUCAAGAGCUUGACCAAGACGAGUCUCGAAGUCUUAGAUAUCAAGUGGGUUCGCCUCUAGCCAACUCUCCACCAGGUAAUUGGUUACAGUUCAACAGCCCUGUUGAGCAGAGUUCAUUGCCAACUAUCAAUCAUUCUCCCAGUUCUAGUAUCAUGAGCCCAACAACCGGCAGUCAUUUAUCUGGAUUAGCUUCAAUUUUGCAACCACAGACGUCAAAUACAGUUAAGGUCGCAACUAUUGGCAAGGAUAUAGGUAGGAGUAGUCAUGGAGACCACAUAUUUACCAAUAUGAGUUCAUCCUCUGGAUCUACUUUCAACUCACAUUCACUUCCUGAGCCAAAAUUUAGUCAAUAUCGCGGGGCCUUGUCCUCAUUUGGUACAUCAACAUCAAAUGGGUCUUCAGUGGAAACCUUGACCGCUCCACAGUUUCUAUGGGGAAGUCCAAACUUAUCCUCAGCGCAAACCAAACCUUCAGCUUGGCCAAAACCAUCAGUAGGACAUCAACUUAGUACAUCAAACGGAACGAGUCAUGCUUUCCCAUACUCAAGUCGGGGCAAUUCCUUUGUCAAUUCAUCCCAGCAACAUCACCAUCAUCAUGUUGGUUCUGCUCCGUCAGGCUUGCCUUUUCAGAGGCACUUUGGUUUUUUCCCCAAGUCAUCUGAAACUUCAUUGAUGAAUAAUGUUGGCUAUAGUGGCAUGAGUCUUGGGCACACUGAUGGAAAUUACAUGCUUAAUGCCGGCGUCUCUAUUCCAAGAAAUAUGCCUGAUAAUGGUUCAUCAAACUUCAGAAUGAGAUCUUCUCCCAUACUUAGCCCUGUAUUUUUGGGUAAUGGUCUUUAUCCAGGAUUGCUACCUACUGCUAUGGAGAGUUUUACCGACCGUGUUAGCAGUAGAUGGAUCGAUAACAAUGGAAGCCAAGUUGAAAGUAAGAAGUUAUUUCAGCUCGACUUGGAUAAGAUCAGACGUGGGGAAGAUACAAGGACUACAUUGAUGAUAAAGAAUAUUCCAAAUAAAUACACCUCAAAAAUGUUGUUAGCUGCCAUUGAUGAAAAUCAGAAGGGUACCUAUGAUUUUCUCUACCUGCCAAUUGACUUUAAGAAUAAAUGCAAUGUGGGUUAUGCAUUUAUCAACAUGUUGUCACCUUCACUCAUUAUUCCAUUCUACGAGACAUUCAAUGGGAAGAAGUGGGAGAAGUUCAAUAGUGAAAAAGUUGCUUCUUUGGCAUAUGCUCGAAUCCAAGGAAAGAAUGCUCUUGUAAACCAUUUUCAAAAUUCAAGUUUGAUGAAUGAAGAUAAGCGCUGCCGGCCUAUUGUCUUCCACCCAGAUGGUUCUGAAGCCGUUGAGCAGGUCAUACAAGAGAGUUUCCCCUCCUACUAUAGCAAUAUUCAGGCAGUUAACCCAAGUGAUUCGCUUGGAUUUCCUUCAAAGGAUGGUUUUCCUAUGAGUUUGGAUGCAAGUUAAUACUAAAUGAGAAGAUGUAAAGUUGCUAACAGAAGGAUGUAGAUUUUGUAUCAUAAAGUAUUUUGCCCACAAGUUUUAGAAGUUUGGAGCAUUUUGGUUGAUUUUCUGCACAGGUAGGAAAGCUGUCUGUUAAUUAAUGUACUAAACAAGGUGGGAGCAAAAGCUGAAAGGGUAAAGCAAAUAGAUCUUCAGUUUUGCUCAUUUUUGGUUUUUUUGGUGGCUUGUAAUUUGAAUGUUAAUAUGUGGUUUAGAGUUUAGUUAGGUUUGAGAUUAAGGGUACAAAGUUGUAGAGAGAUAAAAAAGACAUCUUUCUAUAUUCCUCUAAUGUAUUGUAUCAGUCAGUACUCUUGAAAACAAAGUGCUUAUUUAAAUAUAUGAUGUAUGUGUUCAAGUUA